AUGGCAACUCAUGCUCCGAAGAAACCAGGUGAGAUUAGCGAUGCAUUUGCCUCGGUUUCGGGUUUGAUGCAAAAAUCACUAGAACCUCGCUUCGCUACUCUGAAAAGCGACUUGAUUGCAGGAAAAGAAGAUGCUCUCGAAAAGUCCUUUCACCGUCUGCUAGAGGCAUUGCGUGAAGAAAUUGCUGUCAUCAAGGCGCUGGGUAGUAAAGUGAUUCCUGAGAUUGACUUCAGAGACAUCAAAGAUUCAAGCUCAGUGUUUAGUACGGAGUAUAAGAAGAGAGGAGCGGCGAUCAUUCGAAAUGUUAUUCCACCCGUCGAAGCGAUGGAGAUGAAGGAAGAGCUCCAGAAAUACAUCGCUGCGAAUCCUCAGACAAAAGCUUUCCCAAAGGACAACCCUCAAGUUUACGAACUGUUCUGGUCUCCAACCCAAAUCUCUGCAAGGUGCCACCCGUAUCUUUUGGCUGCGCAGAGAUUCCUUCUCUCUCAUUGCCACUCCAAAGACGCCCAAGCUUUAGUCUCCACUGCACACCCAACUAUUUAUGCGGAUCGCCUUCAUAUUCGGUCACCAGGAGACAGCAUCAAUUUCCCUCUGGACCCAGACAUCAGUGGAGGUGGACCGGAACGAUGGGAGCCUGUCGGAUAUGGGCAUACGAGAGUGUACGACUCAAUCUGGCAAGGAUGUUGGGAGGACCAUGAUCCUUGGGAAAUCAGUUCUCGACUCGGUAUCAAAUCGGACUGUAGUAUGUUUCGUGCAGCACAGGGAUGGCUGUCACUAAGCACCAUCAAGGCAAACGAAGGUACAUUGUUGGUCAACCCAAUGUUGAAGCAUGCCACAGCUUACUCUCUGCUGCGGCCCUUUUUCUCUGCCAAAAGCGGCCCGAUGAAUCCUGGUAGCGGCGUGUUGGAUGAGUCUUUCUUGUCACCAGAUAACUGGGUUCUGGACUGCCCUCAAACGUCUUGGGUCCAAGGUGCAUCACCAGGAAAGGACCAUGAGCUGACUGAUGUGCUGUAUCCUCACCACGAGCUUCAGAGCACCAUGGUUCACCUCCCUGAGGUGCGACCUGGCGACUACGUAGCAUGGCACUGCGAUCAGAUCUACGCAGUCGACAGAGAGCACAGAGGCAUUGCAGAUAGCUCAGUCUUGUACAUCCCUGCUUGCCCUCUUACAGUCCAGAAUGCAGAGUUUCUCGCCCGUCAACGACAAGCAUUCCUCGCAGGGCUUCCUUGUCCCGAUUUUCAGGGGGGUAUUGGAGAGGCAGAUCAUGUCGGUCGGCCAGGGGUAGCAGAGGUGGAGAAGGCGAGCCAGGGCAAAAAUGCAGGUAUGGUUGCGUUCGGUCUCGAAGAAUGGGAUAGUACGGCGGCAGGAUUGAGCGAGACACAGAGAGAGCUGUUCGACAGAGCAAAUAAGGUACUAGGUUUCUAUGACUAG